AUUUUUUGUACAUUUGCUACCGAAAAACAAGUCGCUGUUUCGUUUAUUCUUUCUUAGACGGAUCCUCUUUUUUCGUUUGUUUAACGUUCAACACGGCCACUUCGAAGUUUGAGGGGAUAAUGGUUGGUGGGGAGCGAAUAGACAAAAAUGACAAGAGAAAAUUCAUUCCCGUUCACAGAGUGACCUGAUUUAACAUAUCUUUAAAGGUUGAUGCUUGAACCAACUUGAACAUUGUACCCUCCACUUAUCAGUCAUUUAUUUUAUAAAAAUAAUUCUUUAUUUCGACGUCGUCAGUAGAACUGCACAGAUUAAUUUAACAAUAAGCCGAUAUUAUUUUUGACGGUUUGCCGAACCAUUUACAAUAUGAUCAAUACUGGAAAACUCGCUGGUCGCACGAUUUUUAUUACUGGGGCGUCAAGAGGUAUUGGGAAAAGUAUUGCUUUAAAAGCUGCAAAAGAUGGAGCAAAUAUUGUUAUUGCAGCCAAGACUGCUGAACCACAUCCAAAACUACCAGGCACAAUAUAUACUGCAGCUGCAGAAAUUGAGGAAGCAGGUGGAAAAGCGUUACCAUGUAUUGUAGAUGUAAGGGACGAAGCGCAAGUAGUUUCAGCAGUAGAGAAAGCAUUUAAUAAAUUUGGUGGUAUUGAUGUAGUUAUUAAUAAUGCGAGUGCAAUUUCUUUAACAGGCACAAUAUCCACGGAUAUGAAAAAAUAUGAUCUUAUGCACAACAUCAAUACCAGAGGAACAUUUUUAGUGUCCAAAGUUUGCAUACCAUAUUUGAAGAAGAGUAAGAAUCCACAUAUAGUAAACAUAAGUCCACCACUGAGUAUGAAACCAAUAUGGUUUAAAAAUCAUGUUGCGUAUACCAUGGCAAAAUAUGGUAUGUCAAUGUGUGUUCUUGGUAUGGCAGAGGAAUUUAAAGAAGACGGUAUUGCUGUGAAUGCGGUUUGGCCAAAAACUGCUAUUCAUACUGCUGCAAUUGAAAUGUUAAGUGGUCCUAAUGCAGAUAAUUAUAGUCGUAAGCCAGAAAUAAUGGGAGAUGCUGUUUAUGCUCUAAUUUGUAAAGACAGUAGAUCUAUCAAUGGACAAUUUCUGAUCGAUGAAGAAAUACUAAAAAAUGAAGGAAUUAAUGAUUUCACUAACUACGCGUGUAAUCCAGCAAAUAAAGAUAAUUUGAUGCUAGAUUUUUUCUUGGAAGAUAAUCUAGCAGAAUUAAGCCUACAGGGUCAAAUAGAAAAGGGCUUUGGUACUACAAAGGCUGAUAAUACGCAAAGCAAUAACAAAUUAAAGGUUGAACAAAUAUUUACUGCUAUUGAGGCUAAUUUAAGUAGUGAACUUGUAAGCAAAACAGGAGCCAUAUUUCAAUUUAAUGUCAAAGGUAACGAAGCAGGUACGUGGUAUUUAGACCUUAAAACUGGUAAAGGUUCAACAGGAAAAGGAGAACCAAGUCAGCCACCGGAUGCCACAUUAACAAUGGAUUCACAGAACUUUUUUGCAAUGUUUGCUGGGAAAUUAAAUCCCGCGACGGCACUCGUGAUGGGAAAAUUAAAAAUCCAAGGCAACCUUCAAAAGGCAAUGAAAUUAGAAAAAUUAAUGCAAAGCUUGAAGUCUAAACUGUAAAGUGUGAGAAGAAUAUUUUUUUUUUGUAAAAAAUGAAUGUCAUAUGAUAUAUCCAUUUGGAGCAAAUAUACAUAAAUGAUAUAUAAAUGACAUACACGUACAAAUAAUAUAUAUGUACAUGUAUGCAAAUAAUAUAUUUUUACAUAUUGUAAUAUAUUUUAUAAUUAUUAUAAAAGUUAAUCUAUAUUUAUAACUAUUAAUCUGUAAAAAUAUUAUUUUAUUUUUUAUACGAUCAUGUACAUUAUUAACGUUUAAAUACUACUUUUUCUAAAGAAUACAUGUAGACGUGAAACAUA